AUGGAAAUUAGCCAUCGAAAGAUCUUCAUUAGCAUAUGCCGUAAAAGUACAACCAACAAUGUACUUUUUGCUGCGGAUAUACCUUACCCUCUACUGAGAGCUUGGUAUAGUUUAGUUGUUCUCAAGAAGCCUGUCCAACCUUCCAGCGAAGCAACAACAAGUGUAAUACCUAACUACACGUUUGUCGAUUUGCUAGAACAUUCAAUUCCUGGGCAUUCGUUUGCUAUUAGUCGUGAUGAGGUCACCAGAUCUGAAGUAAACAAAUCACUUCUACGUAUUGCAAGUAAAGUUGAUAUGGAGUAUUACAAUACGAGAGGUAGGAAGAGAAUGGCACUGGAUAGCAGAAGCAAAAAGUUCCAUAUUUUUGAGGGACAAACCAUCUCAUUAGCACAACUCCAACAUGAAAGCCAACAGGUUCAUGAUGAACUUGAAGAAUGA